GUGACAAUACCAAAAGGUUGACUUUUAUGGCUGCUUGUGCCCUACUCACAGGACCUAUGCUGAGGAACCACUAUGACUCUAAUGAACCAACAGAGUACAAAGCAGAACUAGCAAACAAAUUAUGCUGGACGGUGGGUGCUGGAUCAGAAAAUCAAAUAACAAAAUCAAAUAACAAAAUCAAAUAACAAAAUCAAAUUACAUCUACAUUCUACAAUGAACACUUUAACGAAAAGACUUUGGAAAUGUAUUUCUUAUUGCUUUCCAUUUCGUAAAAAGAAACCUAAUGACAAUGCUGUUGAAGAAAUUGAGAUCAAACAGGAAUCACUAGAAAAACAACCUAUUGAAGCUAAUAGUGAAAGAGAAACGAGUUAUGAAGUUAAUAGUGAAAGAGAAACAACUAUUGAAGCUAAUAGUGAAAGAGAAACGAGUUAUGAAGUUAAUAGUGAAAGAGAAACAACUAUUGAAGCUAAUAGUGAAAUAGAAACAAGUUAUGAAGUUAAUAGCGAAAGAGAAACAACUGUUGAAGCUAAUAGUGAAAUAGAAACGAGUAAUGAAGUUAAUAGCGAAAGAGAAACAACUGUUGAAGCUAAGAGGAAAAGAGAAACUACUACUAAAGCUCAUAGGAAAAGAAAGGCGGCUAACAAAUCUAAGAGUACAAGAAAAACUGCUAAGAAGCCUAAUGUUUCACCUGAACGGGAUAAAUUGUACUGUGACGAAUGUGUAUCCAGACAGAAGAGAUGCUUCGAAGACCAGGUUAAAACAUCAAUUGUGAAAAAGAAAGUUUUCUGGACUGACUUUAAAAGAUCCAAUGACUUCGAGAGAGGCCUAUUAAGUAGAGGAUGGGUGAAGAAAAUUGCCCCCACCUUCAAUGCUGGUCCCAAGAAAACUGUAUUUCGUGACCCAACAUAUGGACAUAAGAUUAUAAGUCGUUAUGACAUACAACCCAACCUCAUCCUGACACGCCAAAGAAUUGAACUCCAUCUUCUGAAAGAGGAUCAGAUAACCAAUCACUUUUGCAGAGUGCACGCCACAAGCAAGAGUGGUCUGUGCAAAGUAUUAAGGCAAUGGUGUUUGUCGUGUGAUGCGAAUCCACACACUUUCUUCCCUCGUUGCUACAUGUUUAGUAAGAUAAAUGAAAAACAAGCAUUCAUUGAUGACUUUACCAUGACUGCGGCUUGUGGUAUCCUAAAAUGGGUUUUGAGAACCAAUGGGAAGUCUUUGCAAGAUGAAGUUAUUCCCAGCCGGAAAGAAAAGGAAGAAAAAACGGCUAUUUGCAUGUCAGAUGCUAAAAUAAACAAUCAUGGCCCUGCAAGAAUUGUUCCAGAAGAUAUUAUAGUAACAGCCCUUGUGGCUUGCCAGUUUCAUCUGUACGACUUGACACAUGAGGAUGAAGACGACAUAAUAUGUGCCGGGAUAGUUGAUAGAAAACAUUUCAUAAGUGACUACUAUCAGGUUAUGCAUCAUGGUGCGCACAUACAGAAUUCAGACAAGUAUGUUGAUUACUGCCACCAAUUGUUAUGUAAGCUGAGAAGAGUGAACCCACAGCUAGAUAUAGAUGGAGAAAAAAACAUCUGGAUUUCAAAACCAAGAAAUUUAUCUAGAGGAAGAGGGAUACGUUGCAGAAAUGAUCUGAAAGACAUAUGUUCCUUGGGAAGGGAAUGGGUGGUUGAAAAGUACAUAGAGAGGCCACUUCUUGUAUAUGGAACCAAAUUUGAUCUCCGUCAGCAUUUCCUCAUAACGGACUGGUACCCCUUAACUAUCUGGUUCUAUAAGCACAGUUUCCUCCGUUUCUCAUCUCAGCCCUUCACGCUGGAGAGUUUAGAUACCGCCACCCAUGUAUGUAAUUACGCCAUACAGAAAAAAUUAAAGAAUGCACCAAAUCGUCACCCCAACCUGCCUGAAGAAAACAUGUGGCACAGUGACGAAUUCAAAGAGUAUCUUUGUACAAUCGGAAAAGAGCAAGUCUGGGAUUCAAUCAUUAUACCAGGGAUGAAGAAAGCCCUCAUUCAUACAAUGAAGGCCACUCGGGAAAAUGUGAAGUACAGGAAAAACAGUUUUGACCUUUUUGGUUCAGAUUUUCUGUUUGGAGAAAACUUCCAGCCCUGGCUACUUGAGAUACAAUACAAACCUGGCAUAACCAAAGACACGUCAGUAAUGUGGAAAAUUGUUCCACCAAUGGUAGAGGACAUGCUACGUGUGGUGAUUGAUUACAAGGAUGACCCUAACUGUAAUGUGGGAGGAUUUGAACUUAUAUAUAAACAGGCAAAUUAUACUGGAAAUGUGUCACGGUCAGCACCCAACACCAGAACAGAUGCCAGGCACCCUGGUCUCGGCUCGUACUUCACCAGUUAAGUGACCGCCUUUGGCCUCGGGAGGAGCCCUCAGCUUACUCAGAUGCCACCUGGACUUAACGAGAGGUGCAAGGCGUAAGUUCUGGCUGGCAAUGGGGCACGACUGUUUACAAGGAUGCUGGAAGAUAGGAAGCCACCAGGAACAGGUAGGCCGGGCCAGCACAAGCAGUAGGAAUCGUCAGGCAGGCAAGGGUCGAAACCAGGUUAUCAAUCGGAAGGAUUCAGCAUGAGAGUAGUAGAGACUCAGGCAAAGGUCAGGAUUGGAGAGAUCAGCGUAGUAAGCAAGCAGGUAUGGGUCAAACACGAAGGAUCAAUCAGGAUUCACAACAAUAAGCUCCCAGUAACAACAAGCUCAUUGAACCUACAACGGGCAAUGAGCUAAUACUAAAAAUCCCCUUUUAUACAUUUGAAUUUCCGCGCCAAUGCACGAUGGCGCAAUCACGUCAGCGCGCCUGCGCCUUUAUGAAUUGCCCUAGAGGACCGGAACCAGCAUGGAGCAGGGAGCAACGCGGUAUGGACCCCGCUGCCGCUAGACCACCAGGAUUAGUGCCUUACGAAAUGGGAUUCUCAGUAAAGAAAAAACAUUUAGAGAUCUGAAGAUAACAACCAUCUCUGAUCCAUAACAGGUGGCUAGUGGGAUGAGUCUUGGAGGAAGGAAUAGUCCAACCAACCAUUUCCUUUUGAUGCCUAUUUUUUUCUUUGUUAUACCUUUUUUAAAAUAAAAAUUAUUUCCUUAA